AUGGCGUCGUACACGGGAGGGUCCAAAGCGACGUCACGCAUCCAAGCCCUUGAAGCAGAGCGAAAGAGGAACAAGGACGAACUGGCAAGAAGGAAGGAGAGGAUAGCUGCUGCAUCCGACAAAGUAAUUUCCAAUGCGACUGGAAACAGCUUUACUGCGAGCACUGAGACCGUGGAAGACUUGCUUAAGAGUGACACCGUCGGCCUUGUGACUCACGCAGAUUUUAAGGCCAGAAGAAAAUACCUAGAACGCUAUAAGACACUGAGAGAAAAACAAGCAGACGAGCGACGUGCGAGAUUGAAAAAGGCAAACAAGGUCGUCCUUUCUUUCGCAGAAUCUGACGAUAGUGAUGAUAACAGCGAGGAUGACUCAGAGCUCCCUCAGAAGAAACGCAAAGUGUUACAGCGCACCGAAGAAGAUGAGAGUGAGGUAAAAGGGGUGCCCCCAUCUCCGCCAAAGCGUAGGAAAUUGGGAAAGAGCCCAGGCGUUGAUACGAGCUUCUUGCCUGACAGAGAGCGCGAGAUUAAUGAGCAACGAGAGCGUGAGCGUCUCAAGCAAGACUGGAUAAAUGAACAAGAAGCCAUCAAGAGCGAGAUAGUGCGCAUCACAUACAGUUAUUGGGACGGCUCGGGGCACAGGCGGACCAUUCGAUGCAAAAAAGGGACGACUGUCGGACGAUUUCUCGCGAUGGUACAGACCGAAUUUAAGGAAUUGCGGAAUACAUCUGCCGAUACCCUCAUGUUCAUUAAGGAAGACCUUAUCAUUCCACACCACUACUCGUUCUACGACUUCAUUGUCACCAAAGCCCGUGGGAAAAGCGGUCCACUAUUCAGUUUUGAUGUCGUUGAAGACAUUCGCGUAGUCACAGAUACGAAAAAGGAAAAAGAAGACGCUCAUGCAGGCAAAGUAGUCGAACGGCGGUGGUACGAGCGAAACCGACACAUUUUUCCCGCUUCGCGAUGGGAAGUUUACGACCCUACGAAAAACUUCUCGCGGUAUACUAUACAUGGGGACUAA